CAGUGUAGAGCGCGUCCUCUUCUCUAAAAGGUAGUCUGAGUGGAGAAAGUAAUGAAGAUGGAAGGAGGUGAUGUUGUUGAAUUAUUGAGGAGAUUUAUGGAGUAGCGAAGUGAUAGCCGUUUACUCGUCCUAGCGGAACGACGGAGGACGGUGAUAGCAGGAAGCUGACAGAUAGCAUGCCAGUAGAGGUAACUCCACUGCAGAUGAAGGAACAUGUUGGCUAUGGACCAAGGAGUGGUGGAGGAAUGGCUGUCAGAAUUUAAGACCCUUCCUGACAGUGCCGUCUCCACCUAUGCUGCCUCACUAAAAGACAAAGGUGCCCUGGUCCCUGCACUUUACAAGGUCAUCAGAGAGAACUACAGUGACUUACUAGAGCCAGUGUGUCACCAGUUGUUUGAGUUUUACCGGAGCGGUGAGCCGCAACUGCAGCGUUUCACGCUACAGUUCCUGCCAGAGCUCCUGUGGAGCCUCCUGUCCGUCAGCGCAGCCAGAGACCCCCACACCUCCGGCUGCAUCGAGGCCCUGCUGCUAGGCAUUUACAACCUGGAAAUAGUUGAUAAGGAUGGACAGAGUAAGGUGUUAUCUUUUACCGUCCCUUCCCUCUCCAAACCCUCAGUUUACCAUGAGCCUUCAACUAUUGGCUCCAUGGCCCUUACCGAAGGAGCUUUAGCUAACCAUGGGCUGAGCAGAGUGGUGUACAGCGGGCCUCACCUCCAGAGAGAAACCUUCACAGCACAGAACAGAUUUGAGGUGCUGACCUUCCUCCUGCUUUGCUACAACGCCGCUCUCAGCUACAUGUCCUCCACCUCCCUGCAGUCCCUCUGCCAGCUCAGCUCCAGGGUGUGUAUUUGUGGUUACCCACGGCAACAGAUGCGGCGGUACAAAGGCAUUAACGCACGGCUCACAGUCACAUCAGAGUUCCUGGUUCAGCUCAUCGCAGGGAUCCACUACGCCUUGUGUAAUGGUGAAGUUGACCUGGGAUCCAAAGCACUGGAUGACGUUCUGUAUCGAGCCCAGCUAGAGUUGUUCCCCGAAGCCCUGUUGGUGGGUAACGCCAUUAAGUCAUCACUGCACAGUGCAGCACUGAAAAGCAACAAUAAGGAGGGUGCGCGGAGUAUUCAGGUGGAGAUCACACCUACCUCCUCGAGGAUCUCCCGCAACGCUGUUACCUCCCUCUCGAUCAGGGGACACCGCUGGAAGAGACAUGAGAACCAGGAGGUGUGUGUAGACGGUGAAGCUGCGGUGGGGGGCGUGGCCAUCCCAGAGAUCAAUGUAACGGGCGUGAGCGGUGAUCGAAUGCCCAACGGGGACUCCCUGCGGCCACGCCCCGAUGGCCGUUCCCCGGCAGACGGCGACAUGAUGGGUGCCACCUCUGAGGUCAGCAUGGACCCCCGAGGUCAUGACUCCAGCAUACGUCUGGAGGUCAGGAGGCAGAAGUCUGUGAGGCGAAUGGUGGAGAAUGAGGGGUCUGGGUCAGCCUCCACAGGGAGGAACCAGUACUAAGGUCCUACCCCUCCUUCCCCUUGCCCCACUCAUGGGGUAACCUAGGUAACCAAUUGUGGGGUCGUGGUCUAAAAAAGCUGCAUGAUCUUUUUUUUUUUUUUUUCUUUCCCCCCCUUUGUACCUGUUUGCGUUGGGUUCUACCCUCCUCUCACUGUGCUGCUCCUCUCAUCUGUCUAUUAAGCAUCAUUCAUUUUUACUCUCUCCUUUGUGGCUAAAGCUUCUUCAUAAAGAUCUCCUGCUGGAAUUUCUAAAGGGCAAAUGAAUUAUUUAAGAUGCCACUGAAUAACAGAUCAAUAACCUAAUAAAAAAUGCAUUAAAGUCAAAGGAAUGACAUGUGCUUAUGAUGAGCGAGUUGAUGACAUUAAAAGCAGAGCAUUAAUCAGAGAGGGGAAUAGUAACGGUGUUAAAAUGAGACUUUCCUGAUCAGUGAAGGUCACCCCAAAAGCCUAUACUCACUGUUAAGUCAUGAUGACCUUGAAUAAAAAGACCUAGAUAUCUUUGUUAGCAUAUCGAGGAAACUCCUGUGUUUUCGCCGCAGUUAUCAGAGACCUUCUUGGUCUGUUUGCCUCGACACAUUACCCCAGGUUGCACCUGGUCACAGAUUACUUCCUUCUGACUGGUAGGUAGGAACUGAGAAACGAUACGUUGGUCUUGAAUUAUGUGCAUUCGCCAUAUUUAAAUUUAGAAUCCAAUGAGUGCAUAUUUGUUUUGAAGAGGUUAAAUCUGAGCACGAAAGACUGUAAGUGUAACAAGACCUGCUUAUCUGUUUUUCAGCUGUUCUGGUGUUUGUGUCACAGUGGUAGCAUCAGAUUAGAAAUGUGUGUUUGUGAAGGUGGUUGGAAGCUCACACACAGUUGUGGAUGCAUGAAUUCAAGAAAACAGGAAAAGUUUUCUUGUGUAUUUAGAGUUAGUGAAGAGAGAAAAAAUAUUUAGGGUGUGCCUUGGUUUGUUUCCCUUACUUUCCCUUCAUGGUCUUUCAUAGGUUUUGCUCUUAGAUGCUGUCCUUUCCUGCUUUUGGGAUCAAACAUGCACUCCUCUGCCACUAAAUUACUGACCGUUGUCUCACAGAGCUGCUGGGUCUCUCAACCUGUGUACUGUACCCGGACUUACUGUUUCUGGUCAGGUGGUGAAAGAUUGCAGUGUGAGGUCGCCACCUGCUGGACAGUGAUGGACCUCCUCUGUCAUCCAGCAGCAUGAUAUUGUGCAAAAUUCAAACAAGCCUCUAAAGGAUUGAUUGGAUUAGACUGGAUGACAGAUGAGGUUCUUCACUUUUGACACGUGUGCCGUUUUCUCAUGUUUCUCUUGUUUCCUCUCCCCUUGUCUAUC